AUAAUGUCGACAACUUCGCGAGAUUUUAGUGGAAAAGUAGUACUAAUUACCGGAUCCAGUAGUGGUAUCGGUGCUGUGGCUGCCGUCGAGUUUGCCAAAGCUGGCGCUCAGGUAGUGAUCACCGGCAGAAAUGCCGACAAUCUGUCCGAAGUGGCCAAAGAAGUACUCAAUGCAUCGCCAACUGGUCUGAAACCUUUGGAAGUGGUGGCCGACGUCAGUAAAGACGACGACUGUCGCCGAUUGGUUGACUCGACAAUCAAACAGUUUAACAGAUUAGACGUAUUGGUCAAUAAUGCCGGUUUCGGUUUGGGUACGUCUAUAUACGACUCGGAUAUUUUAGACAAAUACCAGCAAAUUAUGGACACAAAUGUGAGAGCAGUUAUCAAUUUAUCGCACUUAUGUGUCGAGCAUUUGGAGAAAACCAAAGGCAAUAUCAUUAAUAUAUCGAGUGUUUGUGGUCUCAAACCGGCCUCAACAUUUUCCAUCUAUUGUAUAUCUAAGAGUGCAUUAGAUAUGUUUACUAAAUGUUUGGCACUAGAGUUGGGACCCAAAGGAAUUCGUGUCAAUUCAGUCAAUCCGGGAGCAGUGCGAACCAAUUUCUUGCAAGUGGUUGGUAUGAAAAAAGAUCAGAUCGAUGCCGCCUACGAGUCCUGGGGCCCAAAACAUCCGGUUGGACGGGUGGGUGAGUCCAUUGACAUUGCAAAUGCUAUAUUGUUUUUGGCAUCGUCUGAGUCGUCGUUUGUUACGGGUAUCAACUUUCUAACCGAUGGCGGUUCAAUCAAUGCUAAUUUUAGUGGAAAAGUAGUACUAAUAACCGGAUCCGGUAGUGGUAUCGGUGCUGUGACUGCCGUCGAGUUUGCCAAAGCUGGCGCUCACGUAGUGGUCACCGACAGAAAUGCCGACAAUCUGUCCGAAGUGGCCAAAGAAGUACUCAAUGCAUCGCCAACUGGUCUAAAACCUUUGGAAGUGGUGGCCGACGUUAGCAAAGACGACGACUGUCGCCGAUUGGUUGACUCGACAAUCAAACAAUUUAACAGAUUAGACGUAUUGGUCAAUAAUGCCGGUUUCGGUUUAUAUUCCUCUAUAUACGACUCGGAUAUUUUAGAUAAAUACCAGAAAAUUAUGGACACAAAUGUGAGAGCAGUUAUCAAUUUGUCGCACUUAUGUGUCGAGCAUUUGGAGAAAACCAAAGGCAAUAUCAUUAAUAUAUCGAGUUUUUGUGGUAUCAAACCGGCCUCCAUAUUUUCUAUCUAUUGUAUAUCUAAGAGUGCAUUAGAUAUGUUUACUAAAUGUUUGGCACUAGAGUUGGGACCCAAAGGAAUUCGUGUCAAUUCAGUCAAUCCGGGAGCAGUGCGAACCAAUUUCUUGCAAGUGGUUGGUAUGAAAAAAGAUCAGAUCGACGCCGCAUACGAAGCCAUGACAACCCAAUAUCCGAUUGGACGGGUGGGUGAGUCCAUUGAUAUUGCAAAUGCUAUAUUGUUUUUGGCAUCGUCUGAGUCGUCGUUUGUUACGGGUAUCAACUUUCUAACCGAUGGCGGUUCAAUCAAUGCUAGUUUUAGUUAA